AUGGAAAUCAAAAGUCGUAAACCGUUCUUUCUCAAUUUCAAGAAAGUACCUACUCCAUUAAAGAUUUUCUGUGACAACAUCUCUAGUUCUCUCAGAUUCAGUGAUUCUCUCAACACACUCAUAAGCUUGGUACGAGCUAAUGUGGAUGGAGUUCUUCUCAACACCAUGGUUCAAUUCUAUGAUCCGUUACUACGUUGCUUCACUUUCAGAGACUUUCAGUUAGUACCAUCCUUGGAAGAGUUCUCUUGCUUGCUAGGACUCCCUGUGCGCAAUCAACUUCCGUACACUGGCAAAGAAGAAGAGCCUAAGUUGGAAGUCAUUGCUGCUGCCCUGCACUUGCCAAGAUCAGAAAUUGAGAAGGUUUGGAUUAGUAAGAAAGAGUAUUCUGGAUUACCCCUUGAUUUCCUCUACGAAAAAGCGGAGAUUCUUGCUAAAGCUUCAAGUAUGGAUGCCUUGGAAGCUGUGUUGUCUCUCUUAAUUUAUGGACAAGUUUUGUUUUUCCAUUAUGACAAAAUUGUUGAUGUGGCUGCUAUCAACAUCUUUCUUAGCAAGAAUCCGGUUCCCACUUUGCUUGGCGAUUUGUUACAUUCUAUUCAUUUCCGAGUAUCAAAAAGAAGUGGUUGUGUCCUGGGAUGUGCUCCUCUUUUGUAUAAGUGCUGUGGAGAAUUCCCUAAUAUACCUCUCCUUGGUAUUCGUGGAGGAAUAACUUAUAAUCCUGUUUUAGCUCGACAUCACUUUGGUUUUGCUUUGAAAGAUAAGCCACGUUCUUUGAAUCUUAGCGCGGAAUAUUUCAAUUAUGAUUCGGAUAAAGAAAAGAAAAGGGAUCUCUUCAUCAAGGCUUGGUCGAAAGUAAAGAAAGUUGGUGCGAAAGAUAUAGGAAGAAGAAAUUACACACCUGGGGAUUCGUAUUUCCAAUGGGUUUAUAACCGAGUUAUGGAAUUUGGGAUGCCUUAUCCAUCUAAUACACCCAUAGUUCCAAGAGUAACUCCCCCUGCUGUCCCGGAUAUAUUUGAGCCAUAUGUUCCCACUCCGAACGAAGAUCUGGUUGCGACCGUUAACCAACUCAAGAGGGAAAGGGAUGACUUUGAAAGACGCCUGCUAAAAGCUGAAGCCGAAAAGGAAGCAUUGACACAAGAUGCUAAAGAACGAGAAACUUUACUUGACUAUUUUUCUCGUAAAUGGAAAAUUGAAGACUUUGUUUCCCCGGAUCAAAUUAACUCAUGGGAAAAUGAAAUUUCAAGACUGGUUCAAGAAAGAGAAGAAAUGAUUAAAGCACACAAAGAAGAAGUUAGAGUGCUAAAAAGGAAGCGUCGUCAAGAAGACAAGAACACUGGAGUUUAG